CAAAUGAAGCAAAAAGCACAAAGCAAACGAAGCAAAAAGAGCAAAGCAAGCAAACGAAGCAAGAAGUAAAUAAAGCAAAAAGCAAAAAGCAACAAAAGCAAAAAGCAAACAAAGCAAAGAGCAAAAAGCAAAUAAAGCAAAAAACAAACAAACGAAAAAUAACAAUUAUCACAGUUGAUCUUAUAUUAGGGGUGUAUGACCAUACGG